AUGGAGCGCGACUUGUCGGGAUUCUUCGAUGGGUCGGCAUCGAAGCCCACGUCGGACGCUUCAACCGCGGAGAAGGAAGCGUGGGUGCGCAAGGACAAAAAGGCGUUUGCCUUUCUUGUCUCCAAGCUAAGCCUCCAACUCGUCCCGAUCGUGAGCCCUUGCAUCGACCGUGACGGCGCGACUCGUGAAGCGUGGAAGCGACUCGAAGGAGAGCACGUCUCCAAGUCACUUCAUAGCAAGCUUCAAGCGCGCCUCGACUUCUUCACGGUGCGGAUGAAGGACGGCGAGUCAAUACGCGCGUACGUUAACCGCGUGGAGGAGCUUGGCGAGCGUUUGGUGGAACUCGACGCGAGCGUGGAGGACAACGAUUGGAUCAUGACGCUCCUCGCGGGCCUCGGUGAAGCAUGGUCAACGGUGAUCACGAUGUUGGAUGGGACGCAAGAUACAUGGAAGAAGGAGCAAGUGGUGGCACGCCUCAUCAACGAAGAGGCGAGGCGCGCGAAGUUGCAUGGCGAUGCAAUCGGCGCGGCACACUUCUCCCGCGAUGCGAAGGCGAAAGGGUCGGGUCACUUCAAGCGGCGCAACGACGGCAACAACCGCGGGAACGGGACAUUGGUGGCGCGAUUGUCCCUUAAACCGGCAAAUUGGAGGCCGUCUUCAAGUGACGACAACCGGCGCGCGCAUGUGGCGACAUGCGACAACAACGACCGGGAGUUCAUCUUCGUCGCAAGUGGAACGACCGUCGGUGGUGUUGACGCGUGGAUACUCGAUACGGGUGCUACUCAACACAUGACGGCGAGCGCGACGCUUCUCAACAACGUGACAACGGUGGCUCCCGUUAGGCGCGUGAUGUUCGGCAACCGUGACACCUUGGAUGUCACGGGACAAGGCGACUUGCGGCUCAUGGUGGACGGCGGUCCACUCACCAUCAAGAACGUCUUGGUGGUUCCCGGGCUCGGCGCCAACCUCCUAUCCGUUUCCCAAUUUACACGCAAGGGGAUGCGUGUGAAUAUUGAAGGGACCACGAUGGCGUUGAGCACGGCGGACGGCGUACACAUCGGCACGGCACGCCAAGCGGGAGGACUCUUCAUGCUCGACGCUCUUCCGAGCGUGGCGACGGCUCAAGCGGCUACCUCGACAACAACUCUCUCGACGUGGCAUAAUCGUCUCCUCUCCCAUGCUCACGCGGAGAAGCAUUGGUGGGGUGAGGCGGUUACGUUGGCAACAUGGAUUCGCAACCGGUGCGUGACCAAGGCGUUGCCGAACACGACGCCUCUUGAGGCUUGGAGCGGUACGAAGCCGGACGUCACCGACCUUCGCACGUUUGGGUGUACGUGCUACUACCAUGUCCCGGAUGCCACACGGACCAAGCUUGAGGCGAAGGCGCGGGUGGCGAUGUACUUGGGUCCAAGCGCGGAUCACAAGGCGUGGCGUGUGUGGGACUUGGAGCACGGGAAGCUCGUGGUGUCGCGCGACGUGGUGUUCUACGAAGACACCUUCCCGUCCAAGUUGAUGCACGUGCCCUCGGUCAUCAUUGUCCCUCCCCCCUUGGAUGCCGCGGAUGAGGCGGAUGUUGCUCCUACGGCUUCUCCUCCUCGUACGAGUGAGGGGGAGAAUGGAUCGGGUGCGGUUGGAGUGAGUGCGGAUGAAGAACAUGCCAAGGAAAGUGACCCUUCAUCUCCUCCUCCUAAAAUCACUCCCACCCUCGCAUCCACUCGCACUCGGAGGACUCCUCGUCCCAACUCCAAGUUGGAUGACUACUCUCUUGUGGCGGGGGAUGAUAAGGGAGGGGGAGAUGCUAUGUGUCUUGAGGCAUACACCGACACACCGUCCACCUACCAAGGCGCCAUGAGCUCGGCGGAAGCGGCGGAAUGGGAACGUGCGCUUCAAGCGGAGUACGAUUCGCUCAUGGCGAACGACGUCUACGAGCUCGUCCCCAUGCCCCCCGGCGCCUACCUCGUUGGCUCUCGUUGGCGGACGUGA